AUGUCAAUUAAGAUACCUAAAAAUUAUAGGCCAUUGGCAACCAUCAUGGAAGGUGGGUGGUAUUUUGUUGGAAAGAACGGCAGGCCAACCCUAGAGCUGACCAAAACAAAGAGAAGGAGAAUCCAAAGGCAGUACUACACUUUCCUCAAGAACGAGGAUAACACACAAGUGUUUGCAGAUAUCAAUUCCACCAGAAUUGAGAAUGAUCUAGAAGGGGAUCUUCAAGCAGAACAGACAGUAUACCAACCAAAGGAUCAGUCCGAAUUCUUUCCAGCAGAUGAUCAAGAGAACUAG